AUGGCUAUUGGUUCAUUUUUUGGUUAUGCACUGACAGAAGAUUUUGUCACAGCUCCUGGCCUACUCAAUAGUCGUCAAGAUGGAAAUUAUACAAAUCCUAUUCAUUUAGUCGGGAUCCAUUUAGCGAAAUCGUCUAGAGAGUCAACAAAUGGUUUCUAUGGCACUGUAGAUUGGUUCCCUGAAACCAGUAGAUCCGAUCAAUUCUCUGGAAAUGGUAUGUCUGUGUUGAGGGUGCACUUGAAGGGACCGUAUAUUAAAAGUGUUGUCAUGGGUGCUCCAUAUGCAGGUGAUACUGAUAAAAGCGAAAAUCAAUCAGAUACUAGCACAACUCAAUCGGUUACUUAUAAUCGAGGCAGAAUCUAUCUAUUUUGUCAAUCAGAUCAUGGCAUCAGUUUGAAAUCCGAUAUGCAUCAAGUCUCAACAGCUUAUGAUUAUCUGGACGGUCCAAAAGGUUCAACAAAUUUUGGUUUUGCUCUGACUAACCUCGGUGAUUUCGAUGGCGACGGAAAUGAUGAGUUGGCUGUAGGUGCACCGGAUUUAAAGAAUGCCUAUGGUUACAGUUAUAUCUAUAUUAUACGUACUCUAUCCAAUUGUCGAUUCGAUAGAACACCCUUGCAUCGGUUGACCAGUCCACCUGGAGCUUAUGAUUUCGGCGCCCAUCUACCAUCUCGUGCUUAUGACUUAGACUUUAAUGGAUUAAAUGAUCUUGUGGUGCCUAUAUCACCGUCGAAAGGUGGGGAAUUCAGUCAAACGGCGAUUGUAUUCGCUAGUCGUCACACUUGGACAGCAGAAUGUCAAUUCACCUUCCCGCCAUGGUUAGCGAUUAGAAAUCUUCUCGCGAAUGAUAUAAUCCCAGUUCAAAUCAUGAUAUAUUUUAAAGGUGGCAAGAAUAAACUUUCUCGACUAAAUCAAUCAGAUGGGAGUAUAUUUUUCCAGUCAUCAGAUCUACUGAAAUUCAUCCAUCAAAUCAAUACAGAUUGGAAUUCAAGUCAGCUAGCUGGACAACGUUUUAGUCUAGCUGGUCCGAUUAAAUCUCAUCUUGAAGUGAAACAGAACCAACUGCUUGUUGAGUUUAAUAUUCAGGCAAAAAUGAAUGUUGAAGAUAUGCAUGAUUUAGAGUCGGAUAAAAAAACUGGAAGUGGUGUAUACCUAGGCUAUCGAUUUUUACAACCAUGCUAUGGGGAUCAAAAUGUUAUCGAUCGUAAUGGUAGUUGUCCAAAUGGUGGUUGGUUAAAACGUCCUAUUAUUGAUUGGUCAAAGUGUAUUGCUAAAAUUCCAUUGUCACGGUAUGUUUGUUAUCCAAGACCAGAGUGUGAAAGUGAUGUUGGCAUACGUGUGAAAGAUGUACAAUCAGGACAGAUUGUCGCCUGGGGUGAUAUGAUCGAUGAUAAAGCGAACUCUGCUGCCGAUCACAAUGGUAUUAUUACCAAUAAUAAUAAUAAUGUUAAUAAUAACAUACUAGAACACUACUGGUGAUUUUAU